AAAGAGAGAGAGAGAGACCCAAGCCUCCUGCCCUGAGACCGCUGGGCCGGCCCGCGGAAAGCCGGCAGCAUGUGGGAACUGCGGUCCAUAGCCUUCUCGCGGGCCGUGUUUGCAGAGUUCCUGGCCACGCUCCUCUUCGUCUUCUUUGGCCUGGGCUCGGCCCUCAACUGGCCGCAGGCCCUGCCCUCGGGGCUGCAGAUCGCCAUGGCCUUCGGCUUGGCUAUCGGCACCCUGGUGCAGGCGCUGGGCCACGUCAGCGGAGCCCACAUCAACCCUGCGGUGACCGUGGCCUGCCUGGUGGGCUGCCACGUCUCCUUCCUCCGGGCGGCCUUCUACGUGGCCGCCCAGCUGCUGGGGGCCGUGGCAGGGGCCGCUCUGCUGCACGAGAUCACACCCGAAGACAUCCGGGGGGACCUGGCCAUCAACGCGCUCAGCAACAACACGACAGGCGGCCAGGCCGUCACCGUGGAGCUCUUCCUGACGCUGCAGCUGGUGCUCUGCAUCUUCGCCUCCACCGAUGAGCGCCGGAGCGACAACCUGGGCACCCCUGCCCUGUCCAUCGGCUUCUCCGUGGCCCUGGGCCACCUCCUCGGGAUCCACUACACCGGCUGCUCCAUGAAUCCCGCCCGCUCCCUGGCUCCGGCUGUUGUCACUGGCAAAUUUGAUGACCACUGGGUCUUCUGGAUCGGACCGCUGGUCGGCGCCAUCCUGGGCUCCCUCCUCUACAACUACGUGCUGUUCCCGUCCUCCAAGAGCCUGGCGGAGCGCCUGGCCGUGCUGAAGGGGCUGGAGCCCGACACCGACUGGGAGGAGCGCGAGGUGCGGCGGCGCCAGUCGGUGGAGCUGCACUCGCCGCAGAGCCUCCCGCGCGGCAGCAAGGCCUAGGCGCCCGCCGACGCCCGGCCCGCGCCCAGCCCUGCCCGGACUCCCGCCGCCCCGCCAGCCCGCCCCCCGGCCCGGGCCCAACGCUGGCCGCAGGGCAGAGUAGCUGCUUCCGGGCCUGCAGGGCUCCCGGGUGCGGGGUGGUGGGAGCCGGCCGACCCGUCUAGAGGCCGCAGGUGGAGGGCAGCGGACUCCCGCUGGCCCCUUGCAGGGAGCUGGGAAAGGAGGGCGGGUGAGCGGGCGGAGGAAGGUUCUGGAGAGCCUGUCUCCAGGAGUGGGUCGGGUUGGGGAGGGAGAGUGUGCAGACCCCACCAUGGAGGGUCUGGGAAUGGGGUUUCGCUAGUGUGCGAGUGUGUUCAUCCCCGCAUGGCUCUCUGUCCCCAGGUGUAGGGCUGUGCGUGCUCCUGAGUGUGAGCGAGUGUGCCUGCGGAGGUGCAGGUGUGGUGGCCGGCGACCUCUCCCGCACCUUCCCCUGGACCCCUUCCUCCUUUCCUCCCUUCCUGCAAUAGCUCCACUUCCUCUGUGGGAUUGAGUCCUUGCCAGGGUCCUCCCCGGCGCUCUAAGAGUGUGCUCCCUGGAGAAGGGGGGGUCUGGAGGCCACGGAGAGGGCUGAGGCAAGCACCUGAAUUCCCCACCCGGCCCCUCCUGGAAAAUUUCCCCAAGGUCAGCGCUGGGCUAAGGCUUGUCAGGACCCAUUGCUAGAGGCGGAAAGGUGUCAACCAGAGGAUGGCUCCCCCAGAACUGACCUCUGGAAAA